UGCAGGAUGACAGACGGCGACAUAAGUCUCCCAACUAUUGAGAGAAAGCUGGGAUUGCAGAUAUGGAGCAUAGAGAACAUGAAGAUGGUUCCUGUACCUGAAAGGGCUUAUGGGACUUUUUUUGAAGGAGACUGCUACAUAAUUCUGCAUGCCAAAAGGACUUCUCGCGGCUCCGCUGUGGAUUUGCAUUACUGGAUUGGCAAGGAUUCAUCUCAGGAUGAGCAAGGUGCCGCGGCCAUGUACGUCACCCAGCUGGACAACGCACUCAGAGGGAGCCCCGUGCAGCACCGGGAAGUGCAGGGACACGAAUCUGAGACCUUCCAAAGCUAUUUCCGCAAUGGCAUUAUCUACAAGAAGGGAGGAGUGGCUUCAGGAUUUAAGCACGUGGAGACCAAUAUGUACAACAUCAAGCGUCUCCUUCAUGUCAAGGGGAAGAAGCACGUGUCAGCCACAGAGGUAGAGCUUUCCUGGGACAGUUUCAAUAAGGGUGAUGUUUUCUUGCUGGACCUUGGGAAAGUGCUGAUUCAGUGGAACGGCCCCAGCUGCAGCAUUGCUGAGAAAUCCAGGGGCCUCGCGCUGGCUCGCAGCAUCAGGGACAGCGAAAGAGGUGGCCGCGCUCAAAUCGGCAUCAUUGACAACGAGAAGGACUCCCCGGACCUCAUGCAGAUCAUGAAUAUGGUGCUGGGGGAGAGGCGCGGGGAGCUUCGAGACGCCAUCCCGGACACGAAAGCAGAUGAGCUGCAGAAAGCAAAUGUCCGGCUCUACCAUGUUUAUGAGAAGGAAAACGACCUGGUGGUACAAGAGGUAGCCACCCGGCCCCUGACGCAGGAUCUGCUCCAGCAUGAGGACUGCUACAUUUUAGACCAAGGUGGUUUUAAGAUUUAUGUCUGGAGAGGAAAAGCCUCCAGCCCAGAGGAGAAAAAAGCAGCCUUCACUCGAGCUGUGGUGAGUU